AACGAAUCACAACGUGGUUUUAGGAGCGAUAGCACGACACUAGGUCCGAGACGUAACGAUACAUGUAUUUUAGCAAUCUUAUAUUUAAUAAUGACAGAAGGCAAAUCAUCAGAGAAGCCGGCGAAAAACCUACUGGCGCUGAAUCCAAAGGAGGAAGCAGAGUUUCAGAAGAAGGUUCAGCAAGUAAAAAAUCGUCCUAAAACGGUUCAGUCGCUUUCUCCUGGGGUGCUUUAUGUUGGCCAUCUGCCUCGAGGAUUGUUUGAACCUCAAUUAAAAUGUUACUUUCAACAGUUUGGCAAAGUCACCCGAUUAAGAGUUUCCAGGAGUAAAAAGACUGGAAGGAGCAAAGGCUAUGGAUUUGUGGAGUUUGAGUGUGAUGAGGUGGCUAAGAUUGUGGCGGAGACCAUGAACAACUACCUUAUUGGAGAACGGCUCAUAAAGUGUCAUGUGAUGCCACCUGAGAAGGUCCAUGAAAAGCUAUUUGUAGGUUCCAUGUCUGUCUUCAAGAAGCCGACGCAGCCUGCAGUUGUUCGUUAUAACAAACAGCAUGCGGAAGAAGAUCUGAACAAACUUGGUGCAAAGCUUUUAAGCAAAGAGUCUAAGCUACGCAAGAGACUGGCAGCAAAGGGCAUUGACUAUGAUUUCCCAGGAUUUGCAGCUCAGAUUCCUGCCAAGAAAGCCCAAUCUGAAGCCGAUGUUUCAGUAUGCAGUGAGGAUGUCACACCAGUGUGCACACCAUCAGUUUUGGAGAGGAGGAAGUCGAUCAGAGUUGAGGACGAUGAUGUCGAUGAUGAAAUAAUCAUCAAAGCCAAAUCCGUUCCAGAAAACAGCGAGGAUGUGGAAGAUAGCGAGGAGGAGACUGAUGAAGAUGAAGAGGAGCAUACGACUUAAAAGGAGAAUUUAAUGACUAAAAAAGACUUCAAUCCCUGUUUUAGAUGGGACACUGGACUCACUGUUUGAGCCAUUUGUAUGUGAUUAGAUCAGUCCUUCCUGUGGCUGAAGAAGAGGAUCAUAAACAUUACCCUGAUAAUCAGGCA